UAAAAGCAAAAACAAAAAGGCGGGUAUGAGUAUUAAAAUUCGGUUAGAACGGUUAAGGCAUUUACUAAAUUGAGAGUGGGAGACAUCGAAGUUGGCGGGAACACUUGGAAGGAGAACCGCACAGAAACAAACCAGUGUCAUCACCCAAGACAUGUAAAUUCCCAAAUCCAACACUUUCUAACAAAAAAGAUAAUUAAAUAAAUAAAAACAGUGCCAAGAAAACUUUUUCCAGGAAGAUCACAUCGCAUACUCAUCUGCUCUGCUGGUUUUAGUUUUCGCUUUGGAGCACUUUCUUCCUGAUAUUCUUUUUUCCUUUUUUCAUUCAUUAGACUAUAAAACUUGCCUGGUGCUCUAAGCUAACUGAAUUUGGCUGGGAAAACUUAGAUGGGUAUGUUUGAUUCUGCUGUUUUAUUGUCUGGUUUCGAGAGAAUUUGGAAAAAACCCAAUUCGUCUCCAUGAUCCUAAUCUCCAUUUUUGUUUAUUGAAGAAGCUAAAUUUGUUGGUCUUUCUUGCUCUACAAGAAAGGACAAUUUGCACGUUUGGUGGUUGCCAUUUCCAUUCUCCACCGACCAUUGUCUCUGGUUAGGCCUUAUCUUUCUGCAGUAAUGAAUUUCUUUCAGAAACUUCAUUGUUAGAGUACUUCAAUUUAGUUUUGAUUUCCAUUUUCAGAUUUUUGUGGUUCGAGUCUUAAAAUGGAGCAAUUUCGAAAGAUUGGGGAGGAUUUGGGAAGUUUAAAGGCCUUGAUGGUGUUCCAAGACAACAUCCAAAUCAAUCAGCGGCAGUGUUUUUUGCUGCUUGAUAUCUUCAGCUCAGCAUAUGAAUCAAUAGCAGAGGAGAUGAAAUAUAAUCUGAGAUUUGAAGAGAAGCACACUAAAUGGAGGGUUCUCGAGCAGCCGUUGAGAGAGCUCCACCGGAUAUUCAAAGAAGGAGAAGCCUACAUCAGGCACUGCUUGGAAACAAAGGAUUGGUGGGCUAAAGCCAUUACUCUCUAUCAGAACUCCGAUUGCAUUGAGUUUCACAUCCAUAACUUACUUUCCUGCAUGCCGAUUGUCAUUGAAGCAAUUGACAUUGCUGGAGAAAUAUCAGGGUGGGGUCAGGAUGAGAUACAAAGGAAGAAAACCGUGUUCGCGGAUAAGUACAAAGAUGACUAUAGAGAUUGGAAACUUUUCAAGUGGAGAUUUGGGAAGCAGUAUUUGAUUACUCAAGAUUUCUGCAAUAGGUUUGACACAACAUGGAAAGAAGAUAGAUGGACUCUUCUCCAUAAAAUCAGAGAAAAGAAACUCUCGGGUUCGACAAAGUACGGGAAACGCCUCAUAGAUCUUCUUUUCAAAAGCUUAGAUGGAUCAGAGUCACAGCCUUUGAAUGGAAAACUCUUACCUAGUUCAAUCCUGGUGGGGUCGAAAGACUACCAGGUGAGGCGACGGCUAGGGGGUGGAAGUCAGUAUAAAGAGAUCCUAUGGCUGGGUGAAAGCUUUGCCUCAAGACACUUCUUCGGGGAUAUUGAACCCCUGCUGCCAGAGAUUUCUUCAUUGUUAUCUCUGUCCCACCCCAACAUAGUGCACUUCCUUUGCGGGUUUACGGAUGAGGAAAAGAAAGAGUGUUUUCUCAUUAUGGAACUGAUGAGCAGAGACCUCUGCAGCCACAUCAAAGAGAUUUGUGGCCCACGAAAACGACUUCCAUUUUCUCUUCCUGUUGCAGUUGAUCUGAUGCUUCAAAUUGCAAGAGGAAUGGAAUAUCUCCACUCGAAGAAAAUCUACCACGGAGAAUUGAAUCCUUGUAACAUACUUGUUAAAGCAAGAGGCAUCUCCACAGAUGGGUACUUGCAAGCCAAGGUUUCAGGUUUUGGUUUAACUUCUGCGAAAAGCCCCAGCCAAAAAAACCUUUCAAAUCAGAAUGGAAGCCUACCUUUCAUAUGGUAUGCUCCGGAAGUUCUGGAAGAGCACGAACAGACAAAAAGUAGUGAGAAAAAGUACACAGAAAAGUCUGAUGUGUAUAGCUUUGGCAUGGUUUGCUUUGAGCUUCUGACAGGCAAAGUGCCUUUUGAGGAUAGUCAUCUUCAAGGAGAGAAGAUGAGCCGAAACAUAAGGGCAGGAGAGAGGCCGUUGUUCCCAUUCUAUUCUCUGAGAUAUGUGACCAACCUCACAAAGAAAUGUUGGCACAGUGACCCUAAUCUACGGCCAAGCUUCUCAUCCAUCUGUCGGAUUCUAAGAUAUAUUAAAAGGUUCCUUGCAAUGAAUCCUGAUUAUAACAGCCAGCUAGACCCACCAGUGCCUAUGGUAGAUUACUGUGAGAUUGAGUCAGGGAUUCUGAGAAAGAUUCCUUCUUGGAAGAGUUGUGAGCAACCACCAGUAUCACAAAUCCCAUUUCAGAUGUUUGUUUAUAGAAUUGCGGAGAGAGAAAGAACAACGUUGAAAGAUACUUCAGAAUCAGGAAGCGAUGGAGCUUCAAUCUGUGGAGAUGAAAUGGUGACCACUCCAGACGAACCAUUCCCGCCCGCGCCUGAGAGGAAGUGUUUAACAUCGCCUGAUAGCAUGAAAAAGAAACUUCCAUUCUUGAAGAAAUCUUCAGAUGUGAAAGCCAACAGACUACCAGGAACACCAAGAGGACGGUCUGUCAGACCACCACAGAUGAGCCCUUGUGGCCGUAGUAUUAGUCUGAGAAUGAGUUCAGAAAGCCAGCUAAUGGCGAUGACUCCAAGAAUACGGAGAACAUCAUCUGGACAUGCCUCAGAUUCUGAGCUCUCCUAG